AUGGAACCAGCGGAAUUGGAAUUCAUUGGGGAAAACUCUCUUAUAGGUGUGAUUCCCAAUUUUAAUCACGAUGCAAUUUACCUCAUAUCCGGCACAAUUGAACCGUUUCGCGGCGGAACUCCAUUAUACGUUCCGUUAUGGUUAGGAAUUCAUCUUCGGCAACAACAAAAAUGUCGCAUUGUACCGCCCAGCUGGAUGGAUGUUGAUUUACUUGAGGACAUCAAAGAAACCGAAAAUCGGGUCGGCACAUUUACCAAAAUGCCAAGCGCGAAUUACAUGGUGGAAGCGAAAUUGAUUCUUAAUACCGCUCCGGAAGACGUACCUGCAUCGGAUGUAAUUAAAACGCUCAUCAAAGAUAUUUACGAUGUACGCUGCGCUAAAUUGCGCACUACAGUUGAAAACUUCAUCAAAAGUGAAGGAACGCACCUGGUUAACUUGGAAAAUAUCACCGUAUUCGAGCUGCACACGAUACAACCUUUGCUGCCGCAUGCGAUGGAUUUUCUCGGGCGUGUAGAACAAACGAAGAAAACAAUUCGAUCAAUGAACUCAACUUCGCAAUCCUUCAUAGGUGGAAGCAGUGGACUUGGGUCAUCGGGCACUUCCAGACAGUGGUAG